AUGAGCUCCCGUGAAGCCUUGCCAACUGUGGAGUUGCUACCACCGACUAUAAUUGGUAGCGAGGUGUUCACUAGGGGGCAAAAUGAGUGUUACUUAAAUGUCAAACUCCGAGUAACCAGAGACGAGGCCAACCUGAGUGGGAAGGGAACGGCCCUCCAUCCAUACAGCUGCUCAACCACGCUCUACCCGCAUUUCCAUUUUGACACCUUCGACCAAACGUCGUAUCACGUUGACGAUAACGAUAUGACUCUGCAAACCCUAGCCAAUUCAAGCUUCGGGAAAGUGUGUGGUCCUCGACGAAGCACCAACCCCACCAAAAGAAGCUUACAACUGGCACCGCCAUCCUGA